AGAUUCGCCGGGGACUCCGAGACCCCACUUCUUCGGGGAAACACAUUUCAAGACUUCUGGAAGCUGGAGUGGUUCACAAUUUGAAAGAAAACUUCCCAAUCUUGGCAAGAACAGAAGAAUGGCAGGGAUUGCCCGGUCUAGAUUGACCGAAGAGCGCAGAUCGUGGAGGAAGGAUCACCCUGUAGGAUUUUUUGCUCGUUUGGAUCAGAAUCCAGAUGGAAGCAUGAACUUGAUGAGAUGGAAGUGCGGGGUUCCGGGCAAGGAAAACACCAUCUGGGCAGGGGGAUUGUUCGACAUCACAAUGGAGUUCUCUGAAGAUUAUCCGCAUAAACCCCCAAAAUGUCGAUUUCCAGCCGGGUUCUUUCAUCCGAACGUUUACCCGUCUGGAACUGUAUGUCUAAGCAUCUUGAACGAAGAUGAGGCGUGGAAGCCGGGUAUCACUAUCAAGCAAAUCCUGCUCGGGAUUCAAGAUCUUCUGGACUCUCCUAAUCCUCUCAGUCCCGCACAGGAAGAUGCCUACAGGACAUAUAUGAACAACAGGCAAGAGUACGAGAGGCGAGUACGCUCUCUCGUUCUACAAUAUCCUCCAGAUCGUCUACUGAGGUUGGGAGAAUAACUGAGAUUCAGCCGUUCUUGAACUCUUCACUUUUUCCGUUUCUUUGAUAAUCCAAUCAUGCUUCAACAAACCUUGACCUGAGUCAGUAAAUUG